AAAUUAUCAUUUAUAGUUCAAUCAACAUUUGACUAUUCACCUUAAAAUAUCAAUUUGCCACCUGGAUUUCUCUUUACUCUAUCAUUUGACGAUCAAAAUACAGCUUCAAGAACUUCAUUCUUCGCCUUGUUUUAGGCAAUUUCCAUAACUGGGAGAUCAGAUGGAGGCGGAAGUGGUAGAGAUUCUAUUGCCGAAGAACAAACCGAAUCUAUCGCGGCGAGAUUCUUGGAACGAAGCGAAUCUUGAGCUGAAGAGCUAUGGAUCAGGCCUGAAAUGGGUGUUUCUAGAUUAUUCUAGUCUCUGGAGAGCUGGGCUCUCGUGGUCCGUUUUCUUUGUGCUGAACAUCGGCGUUCCCCUCGUCUCCCACUUCGUAUUCUCCUGCUCCGACUGCGAUCCCAGCCACCAGCGGCCCUUCGAUGCAAUCACUCAGCUCUCCCUCUCCCUCUUCGCCGCCAUCUCCUUCCUCAGCAUCUCUUCCUUCGCACAGAAAUACGGCCUUCGCAGGUUUCUCUUCCUCAAUAGGCUGUCUGAAGAAACUGAAAAGGUUCAGCAAGGCUACACUCACCAGCUUCAUAGAUCGAUGAAGCUGCUGUGGGCGUUCGUGCUCCCCUGUUUCAUAGUGGACAGCGUGUACAAGAUAUGGUGGUUUAGCACGGGAGGAGACCAGAUUCCAUAUGUUUACAACAUCUACCUGAGCAAAUCCAUCGUUUGCAUCCUCCUCAUGUGCUCGUGGCUCUACCGUGUAUCAAUCUGCUUCCUCGUCUGCGUCCUCUUCCGCCUCACCUGCUACCUCCAGCUCCUCAGACUAGACGAGUUCGCUAAGGUCUUCGAAAGAGAAUCCGAGGUGGCAACCAUCUUGGUGGAUCAUCUCAGCAUCAGAAGAAAUCUCCGUGUCAUUAGCCACCGGUUCAGGCUCUUCAUCUUGUCCACUCUGAUCCUAGUCACCAUAAGCCAAUUCGCUUCGUUGCUCGUCACCACCGAGCCUAGAUCAAACGUUAACAUAGCCACAGCAGGCGAACUCGCGCUAUGUUCGAUGACAUUGGUGACAGGGCUGUUUAUCUGCUUGCGAAGUGCUGCGAAGAUCACGCACAAGGCGCAAGCAGUUACGUGCUUAGCAGCUAAGUGGCAUGCCUGUGCCACGAUCAGCUCGUUUGAUGAAUUAGAUGAUGUGACUCCUCCGGCUCAGAUUGCUUCAGCGGCCGCGGCUGUUGUGGAUUGGGAUACGGAUAAUGAAGAAGGGGAUGGAGAUGAUGUGUUGGAUAACACCAACUUAGUUCCUAUUUAUGCCAAUACUAUUUCUUACCAGAAGAGGCAAGCUCUAGUGACAUAUUUCGAGCACAACAGAGCUGGGAUCACUGUGUAUGGAUUUAUGCUGGACAGAACAUGGCUGCACACUAUAUUUGCCAUACAACUUUCACUCACACUCUGGAUCUUGAACAAGACUAUUGGGAUUUCAUAAUUUUGGUAUAUACAUAACGGUGAUUGUCUGAUUGAUGAGGUUCAAUUUUGGUGAUUUUACUGAUUUAUGUAACAAUUACCUAAUCAAUAAUUUGUGUAGUGAUGAUAGUAGAAGUUUUGAGAUAUAUUAUGAUUGGGAUUUUGUUUGUAGUGAAUCAUAUUGCUCCUAAGAUGCUUAUGCUAAUGUAAAUUUCGUGUUUUAGGUAUAUAGAUUACCUUUUCCACUUUGUCUACUUGAUUACGUUUGAUUCUGUAUUAAAUGAAACUUAUCCUCUUUUGUUAUUA